AUGGCUUGUCCGACGCUACCGCAGGCUAUUCUGAAGAUUAUCCCGGGCGAUGAAAUUCUUCCGACAAUGGAGAGAAUUGUGGCAGAGAUCCGCGAGGUUCGUGAGCGCGUUGCGAGAACCACCCAGCCGCCACAGGCCUGCUUCAAAAAUGUCAUCAAGCCACUCAUUGAUAUUGAGAACGAAACGCAAGGCGCCGUUGGGGUCAUGGCAAUGCUGCGCUACGCUUCGCCUGACGCAAUUUCUCGGGAGGCAUCGGAUAAAGCUUGCAAGCUCUGGGUAGAGUGCGAAGCGGAGUUCAACUCAAGGGAAGAUCUCUAUCUCCUAGUUAAAGCGGUCAAGGACAAGUCCGAGCCGCUUGCCCGUGAAUCAGCCAAAUAUCUUGAUAGUCUACUUAAAGAUUUCAGGCUUUGUGGCCAUGGGGUGCUUACCGUCGACGAGAUCAAACGAUACUCCGAAACAAAAAAUCACAUUGAAGAUCUGCGGCGCGAGUAUAAUCGGAACAUCCGCGACGACGAUGGUAAGCAGAGAUUCUUACUUCAGGAACUAGCUGGAGUACUCCCUCGGGACCUUGAUCGUUUUAUCACGGUUUCGGAGGCCAGGCAAGACGUGGUAUACGUUCCGCUAGGAAGGAAUGAUGUUGAUGCUUUGUUGGAGCAUGCAUCGAUUCCCUCAACUCGGAAAAAGAUAUACGUUACCAACGCGCACAAGCUGCCGCAGAAUGUGGAGAUAUUGAAAGAGAUUGUUGCGAAGAGAGAUGAGAAUGCACGUCUGCUCGGGUACGAUAGCCAUGCCUCUCUCAAGAUCGAAAAGCGUGCUGCCAGAUCUCCAGGCUGGGUGAUGAAUCUGCUAGAGGAACUGGAAAAAGGAAUAUUACCCCAGGGACAGCAAGAGAUGGACCAUUUACUGAAGCUACGCGCGAAAGAUUUGGCCAAGAAUCAAGUUCUUCAAAAUGAUGAUGGCCAUAUACCACCAUGGGACUUCUGGUAUUAUGCCCGGGUUGCAGAAGAAAACUUCCAGGUGGAUCACACCAAGAUCUCCGAGUAUUUCCCCAUGCGGACUACUGUUUCUGCUAUGCUAGAUAUAUUUGCAUCGUGUUUGCAACUACAGUUUACGCCGCUCCCAUCCGCGUUGUUGGAAGGCCAUGUUUGGCAUGAAGAAGUUGAGGUGUGGGCUGUCUGGGAUAAGAGGGACACCUCGAGAGAUGACUUUAUUGGAUACAUCUAUACAGACCUACUGUCGAGGCCUAACAAGUAUCGGGGCUCGCAGAAUGUGAACAUUCAAAGGGGCUACCUGAAAGACGAUGGUAGCAGAGUGUACCCUGCGACGAUCCUAAUGUGUAGUUUUCCCCGCCCAACUAGUUUAGGGAGUGAUUUGCUCAAGCAUCACGAAAUCGUAUCCCUUUUCCACGAACUUGGACACGGAAUCCAUGACCUUAUCUCCAGGACCUCAUACGUCAGGUUCCAUGGCCACGAGGUGGCACGUGAAUUCGAAGAGGCAUUGGGAGUCAUGCUCGAGAAUUGGUGCUGGACGAAAGAGGAACUGAGGAGCAUGAGUUGUCAUUAUACCGCAACGGACCCCAAAAUUUUGGAAUCGUGGAAAGCCAAAAAUCCGGGAGCACCCGUUCCGCCAAAACAAAUCCCGGAUGCCAUUCUGGACAGUCUUGUCGAAAGUCGCAAAACAAAUCGGGCCAUAUGGUUUCUACGCCAGCUCGCUUUUUCGCAAUUCGACAUGGCUAUCCACCACCUCAGUAGUCACGAAGAUGCGCUAAACCUAGCCCCGUCAGAUAUCUAUCACAGUCUUGUGAAGAGAUUAGCCUUACUCGAAACCCCAGAUAUCCAAGACCGCGGAUAUCCAUUCGCCAGUAUUGGACACUUGAUGGCGGGAUACGACGCGGGUUACUUUUCCUACAUCAGUGCUUACGUAUUUGCUGCGGAUCUUUUCGAGACCGCGUUUGCGAAAGACCCACGCGAUCAAGAUGUUUGGGCCAAGUUUCGGCGCGAUAUCCUCGAGCCUGGAGCAAGCCUCGACGAACUAGAUAUGUUGGAGAGAUUUCUUGGCCAUCCCCCGAGCGCGGAAGCGUUGCUCCGUAAUAUCAGGGGGAACUGA